AACAGCUCCGUUCUUGUCUAUUGUUUCCGAUAUCCUUCGUUGGCCCGCGGUGAAUGGCGAACAUAUUACCUGCAGAAGUGCGGGGUGAUUGGGCUAAUAAAUGAAAACAUCCAGUUCAAAGUAAUGAUACCGGUACCGAACUCAGAAGUGUUAUCAAAGAUCAUAUGACACACGACCGGAUGCUUCCAUGAUUGUAUAUAAGGUUGUCCCUGUAUCCCGGGCUGUCAAGCAUCUUUUCCAUCCAACUCCUCUGCUAGUAUUGAAUAUUCAUUGGCACCUUAUCUGUACCAGCCCACAGACUGUAUACUAGCUUGUAAAAGUCAGAGCCAUGUUAACUAGUGAUUCCAAUGAAGACUUGAUAAAGAUGCCUACAAAUUAUCCUAGGACAAUACAGUCAAGUUCGGGUCAACAAUGCUCCUUGCAGCACCAACUAGGUCUUGAGAGCAAACCACUUCUAUUUCAUGACCUAUGUAUGUCUUGGCGUGCAAGUGCCCAGGCUACUUUGAAUCUACAUCAAACAUUUAUUCAACAAUCCAAGAAAAAUAUUCACAAGUUUUGCCAACAAGUUCAGCAAUCCACUCCAUGGAUUCUCAAAUAUGAAAACUGCUGGCCUGCAAAAUUCUAUGUUUUUAUUUAUCUUCGCCACAAGGUUCGAAAGGGCAAGAAAACCAGCACUCUGAUCACCCAAUUUUAUGCUCAUCAAGCUGUGGCUGAACCAUCUCCACUAAAGGGUGCAGCUAUUGUGGGAAAAGGCAUUCCAAGACAUCUUCGCAUUCUAUCUGCCUCAGACAAAGCCAUCAAUAACUUCUUAAACUCACUUUGGAUUCCACAACCAACUCUACUUCCACUUCUUCAUUCACUUGGCAUCACAAGCUCAUGGCACCUUAAAGCCUUUGCCAAUCUGACUAAUCAGAAGAAAUGGCUAGAAGAUCUGGUAGAUUAAAAGAAGCUCAACUAUGUGCAACAUCUUGUGCUGCAUGAAGGUCUCAAUGAUUUGGCCUCCACUGAUCAUAUCUCAACUUUCCAAAAUCCUCACACAAUCUACUCAGUCUCAGCCUUUCUAGAUCUCUGUCAUCCAAGACUCACAGCACUUCUUCCACAUUUCACAAGACUUGGAGUAGACUCACCCACAGAGCUCAAGCAAUUUGCUUUGGACCAAAGGAGUGGUGAAAUAUUGCAAGGAAGACUUGUUGAAGAAGGAGAAAUGACCCUUCUUGAGCUUGAGAUACUUAAAGAGGGAUUUGCCAAAAUUGCAGAUAACAGAAUUAAAGUAAAAGCACCUUC